ACAUUCGCCACGUUUUAAGUUCAUCAAAAGACCAGGAACUAGUCUCCAUCGUGAACUGCAACACAAAAUAUAAGGAGGAAUCUAUGAGAAGAAAAGCACAAUUAGAUGUACAAUUCUCGAAAAGAUCUCACAGUAAUCCUUUUGUCAAAUAGUUACACACUCCUACAUAAGCGUGUGUAUAUACAUUUUUAUGUAUGUAUUCUUGUGUAUGUAUGAUAUAAGCAUAUUACAUAUGCAAUAACAAAGAUAACUGUACUUAAUUGUGCUGAUGUUAACAAAGAUGAAUGAAGUGUGCAGCAAUAGUAAAAACAGUGUCUUGAACUCAGAAUUACAAGACGUGAUCAUAAAUUUGACAUCACCGAGUGAAAACAAGUUCCUUCCUUCGUAUAAAUUUAAAUUACCCGGAGCAUCGACUAAACAUUAUCCAAGAAAAAAUAGAUAUCUAUUUCAAUACAAAAUGGCUAAACCAUUGAUUGUUAAUACUGAUAUAGAUUGGAAUUCACCAAAUACGAGUCCAGACUGUUAUUGUAUAUCAUCAUAUAAAUCACUUCGAAUGUCAUCUAGGUCAAGUAAAAUAAUGAAUGCGCUCAGUUCCGCUCAUAGUUCCUUUCGUCAAGACACUGUAGGAAUAAGAAAAUCAUUGAACUUUGACUCGAGUCCAAGUCCAAAGAGGAACAGUAGUUAUGACGAGAAUUCUACCAGUUCGAUCAACACUGAUACAUCGUCAUCCAUAUUAAAUAUAAGUUCAGUUGAUUCAACUGACAGUAAUGUUCCGAUGACAUCUGGGGAAUCUAUCGACGAAAAUCAGAAUCAAACGCCUCAACAAAAUCGGAAAUUGAGUUAUAGAACUGAUAUAAAAGAUAAAGUGCAGUUAAGAACAAUUUAUUUAAUGUCGAUGCUCGAGGGACAAAAAACCUACAAAAAUACCUCUCGCGGAUAUUCAAAUCCCUUUUGCUCAUUGAACCCAUUCACUAGACCAAAAGGAUCCAGCCGUGUUUUAUCUGCGAGUACACCCAGGAAUCUAUCUCAGGAAUUUAACCAAGAACUAGACGAUAGAUCACAUACACCUGAAAAUAUAAUAAAUGUAAUUCCAGAAAGUAUAAGUUCUAUUAAGAAGAGCCACAAGAAGGAAAAAUUAUAUUCUUCUGAAGAACAAUCGCCUAUUCAGCAGAUGGAUGUUUCUAUACAAAAUGAUGAUUUACGUUCAAGAACUAUGGAAUCUCCGGGAAUAGAUAUGAUUGCUACAAGUAGUAGCUAUGUUGCUUCUGAAAAUAAAUCUCGUAAGAAAAACAGAAGUAUUAAGAGAACACUUAUUUACAAUGACGAUCGUCGUAACACUGAAUCAGAUUCUAAUCACAAUAUGCAGCAGAAAAUCGCAUCGACAAUAAAUGAUUCGUUGGAAAGUGGAUUAAAUCAAAUAGAAAGUGAUAAAAUGCAAGAUAUUGAUUCCAUCAAUGAGAGUUGUAAAGAAGAUAUGCAAGUUAAGAUAUGUCUUGUAAAUCAUAAUAAUGAAGAAAAAGAUUGUUCCAACGAGAAUGUUUGCAAUGAAGUAAGUCAGUUAUUGUUGCAAAACGAAUCGUCAGAUAUUUGUAAUGUGACCAGUGAGAAUAGAACAGAAUCUCCAGAAUCUAGUUCAAAUAUUUCUCAAAAUGCUAACGUAAUAGUUACACCCGAAAAUAACGUAAAUAUGUUAAAGCAUGUAUUGACCGAAUCGAUUAAGAAAUCGCAUAAGAAAAUGAAACAUGGAAAUAGAAAGAUGUUGUUUAAAACUCCCAUUAAAGAUCCUCAUCAAAAAAUGGAAUUAACAAAAUCUGAAAUAUCACUCGAAGAUGUUGGCAAUAUUGAUCAAGAUAUUGAAAGUCAGACACCUGAUGCGAUUCAUGUCUCAAGCCCACAGAAUUCCGAGCUUGAUCGACCAAACACACCCGAAAAUGUAAAUUCAAGUAGACUCUUACUGCUUGGCUUUCAUUCAGUUAAAAAGUCACAUAAGAAAGACAAACGUAGCAAAAGAACUUCUAAUUUUGUUGAAUGCCACGAAUAUUAUAAAGAAGGUAAUCCAUUACGACAUAAAUAUGAAGAGGAAAUUUGCAGAACCUUACGUAAGAAUAAAUCUCCUGACAUAUCUCCUACAGAGAAGUCAGUAAGCACAUUUUUGCAAAGUAGUACACCCAAAUUUUCAAGUGCUUUCAUGCCUUUAGACUGUAAAGAUAUAAACAAUGAAUUUAAGAUUUUUACUCCCAUUAAAAAACGACGAAUCCCGGUUGAUGUUAUGAAUUAUGUUUCUGCGGCCGAUAUGUCACAAGAAGAAAAUGAAUCUGCACAAGCAACAUCAAAGGAAAUUGAUUGUUCCAGAUGCGUGACUCCAGUAGCACGUUGUUCCAAACUGAGAAAACAUGAUCUUGUAUCGGAACGCGAUAACGCUAAAAAAUCUGAGACUAAUAUAAAUGUUUUGACAGUGACGGAUACAAAUCCAAAAGACAAGACUGGUAGAUCAACUCCAAUAAAUAUGUCGACGACGGAAUUGCUUUGUAAUAUAGACUCGAUUAAAAAAUCACAUAAGAAAGAUAAGCAUAACCGUAGCAAGAAGCUGAUUUUAAAGAAAAAACGAUCAUAUGUUAAAAAGAAUGAGCAUGUCAAUUUUGGAAAUAAUGAUAAGAUGUUGGAAGAACCUAUUAAUUGGUCUUUGAAGCAUUAUUUCGACAAAAAUUGUGCCGAAAAAGAGAUGUGUAUUAUUAUGGGUGAAAAGGAGAAGAAUAAAAGUUAUAAAGAGAUUGUUUAUGACGAUCCCGAAGAUCCUCAACCGUCUACAAGUCGAGGAGCAGAUAAUAUGGAAAAUAUAAAAAAUAUCACAAAAUCCAAGUUUCUGGAUACAACGCCUCCAAAUAGCUUAAGAGCAAUGAAUUUAAUGAAAUUGGUGCAAACGACUUCCAUUAAAAAGUCUCAUAAAAAGGAACGUGACAUCAACGCACAAACCAAGUACAUUUUAAUGAGUCAGGAACAUGAAUUAUCUGAUGAUGGAUCGAUAUUCGACGAAAAAGAAAGAUUGAAUUUUAUUCAAAAUGAUAAUAUCGCCCAAGAUGACAUAUAAUAACAUAUAAUGACAUAUAAUAGAUAAAUUAAAAUAAGAUUUAUUAGAUGAUGUUAUUGCUAUAAGAAAACAAACAUAAUACAGAAAAUGCCUUAGUAACAGAUAAUAUGUAACAAGAAUUUUUUUCUAACGGAGGAAAUUUUCAAAUCAAUAUUUUUGAUAAAUUUUCCAAUUAUCAGUAUUGCCUAUCACGUAAAUUCCGAGUUAGAAAUUAAGAUUUAGGAUUAUAUCUUUGCUUUCUUUGCAUAGUCUAAUUCAUGAAACAUUUGUUUUUAAUGCAGAGAUUACUGGAAUCUUGUUGAGAUAGGAUGGAUUUGUUUAAGUAAAAAACAAACACUAAUAUUAAUAAAUAUUAUAAUUAAAAUUGUGAUCAUGUUCAUGUUUUUUGUAUACUCUGCUUAUUUUAGAAGACUAACUAAACAAAAGACAAUUAUAAAUGGUAGCUGAUUAUUUCAAAAUUUUGUUCAGUUAAAUUAAUUGAAUGAACAAACAAAUAAAAUGUUUGUAAGAUGUUAAGUGAAUUUGAAAAGACUAUUGAUUUUUGUGUCUUCAACAAAGGAUUAAAGUUAUAUCGCAGUAUUUUGUAGUAUGGAUAUAAUUGCAAACAGUGCGAUUAUUUGAUAAUUUUAAGUAGUUUAAGAGACUAUAAUAUCUUUCAAAAAAAAGGUAUGUUCAAAUUUAUUGCGUAAAUAUUUCAUGACUGAUACUAAUAGUAUUCGAAACACGUACAUGAAAUACUAUUUUUUAUAAUUCU